AUGAAGAAGGUCUUCUAUAAUCUGGUGGAAAACUUACGGAAAGGUGUGAUCAAGGCGAAUCUGUUCAAGGAUAAUAUGGCCGAUAAUAAGCUUCUUGGGUUUUUGGGCAGUAUGCAGGAUGGGGCGGUCGAACACAAAAAAGACGUCACUAAACCGAAGAAACCAAAAAAGGUGAUGCAUGCUAUGUUGAUGUCCUACCAAGGGAAAAGUUACUUUGGGAUGCAGGUAAGCUUAAAAUUCUGUUACAAUAUUUUCUGUUUAGAAACAAAAGGUCGAAGCGACCAUUGAAUCUCAUAUUCUUGAUGCAAUGAAGGCCAUAGGAGUAAUCUCAGAAGAAGAAUGUUCGAAGCCUAAUUUAUUUUGGUUCCAAAGAGCAGCUCGCACAGAUCGAGCCGUAUCUGCCGUUGGCCAAAUCUGCUCGAUGCAACUUCCCUUGGAUCAAGAUUUCAUUGACAAUGGUCAUCUGAAGUUAAAUGAGCAUUUACCAAAGGACAUACGAGUCAUGUCGAUUAAGAGAACGACCCCGUCAUUCCACGCGCAGAAGACCUGUGAUGCUCGGACUUACUCUUACACCUUACCCACGUUUGCUUUUGCUGAAAUGGAUAAGCUCACUACAUGGGAUUAUCGGAUAUCCGAAAACAGGAUUGAUGAAAUAAAUGACGUCUUAGCCUCUUAUCUUGGGACCCAUAACUUUUUUAAUUACACCUCAAAGAAGUAGGUUAAUUUAAUUCUUAACAGUUAAUCAAAAAAUUUCCAGAGAACAUGACGACCGAAGUUGUUAUCGUUACAUCAAGUCAUUCGAGUGUACGAAGCCGUUUUUAUAUCACGAUUCAUUCAGAAAUAAAGAUGUGGAAUUCAUUACCGUUUAUGUGAAGGGACAAAGCUUUAUUCUGCAUCAAAUACGAAAAAUGAUGGGUAAGUUGAAAGUUACUCCACUAACAGUGGAAGUCCAAGUGCGGCGCUCACGUUUCGAUGAAACAAAUGCCUAAUUCUCUGUAAGACGCAUGCGAGAUUUCUAGCUCGAGCUUUGUACAAAACACCGGGGUUUUUAGGUUGAAAGUUGGGAAAAACGUGACACUUUUUAUCGAGCUAUGAAAACUUUCAUACCUAUUUUUCCUGUAGAGAGUAAUGUCCAAACAAAAUAUUUUAAAGAAAACCUGAGCGUCGGACUUGAAACACUUCCCUUGUAUAAUAAGUUGUUUAGGUAUGGUGAUCAGUGUCGUCAGAGGGUUGGCGUAUAAGUCAGACAUCUUGAAAACCUUUGAAAGCAAACGAGUAAGGGUUCAUGUCAUCGUAUUAAAUUUUAAUCGUAUAGAUGGAUGUCCCCAGAGCGCCUGGACUAGGAUUACUUUUGGAAAAGCUUCAUUACGAUGUCUACUCUGAACGCCACGGACUAAGUCAUUCUUCCCUGAACGAUUGGGGAGAGGAGGUCGAGAAAAGAGUCCAAAGUUUUAGGGAUGAAUAUAUCGUCAGCGAAAUUCUGAGCAGUGAAUGUCAAUCACAACAGUAAGUUGUAGUGAAGAAAUGUUGUAAACUUUAAGGAUGAUGCAAUGGUUGUCCUCGUUGAUUCACCACAGAUUUGCAUGUGAUCCACGGGAUGAAAAUGGAGAAAGCCAGUCGGCGAUGAGGGACGCCUCCCGUAUGGCUACUUCUGAGGCGCAUGUAUCGGAUGUACCUCCAACAGCAACGGAGGUAGAAUCUAAUGAAGUUGGUACCGAUGCCGUGGCAUCACUUCCCGAAGCCUCAGAGUCCGCUGAAGAUGUCAUUGAUGAAGAGGAGCCCGAAGAAAAAAAGGCCAGAGUCGCAUCUUAA